GCUCGCAUCUCAAGCACAAGAGUGAGAGAGAAAGGGCAAAAGUAGUCGAUCAAUUUUGCUGCGAAGGAUCAUCGUCGCCGGCAUCCGAAGUGGAGUGACAUGCACGCGAUGGGUUCGCCGGCCGACACCAGCAAGAGCUCCAAGCCCGACCGGUACAACGCCUACCUCUUCCGGCGGUUCAGCAGCGCCAAGGUCUUCGCCACCUCCUCCCGCCUCCUUUUCCGCGUCACACUCUUCGCCGGCCUCCUCCUCAUCUUCCUCUUCCUCCUCCACUAUCCUCCCUUGCUCCUCCACUCCUCACAGUCCUCCUCCUCCCACCGCUCCGCUCACCGCAGCCUCCUCUCUUCCUUCUCGUCGUACGCCGGCGCAGCCUGGGAGCGCGACAUCCGCCGCUCGGCCGCCCCCCGCCGCCCUGAAGGAUUCUCCGUGCUCGUCACUGGCGCCGCCGGGUUCGUGGGCUUCCACUGCUCCCUCGCCCUGAAGCAACGCGGCGACGGCGUCCUCGGCCUCGAUAACUUCAACGCCUACUACGACCCCACCCUCAAGCGCGACCGCGUCGCCCUACUCGCCGCCCGCGGCGUCGUCGUCCUCGACGCCGACAUUAACGACGCCGCCCUUCUCGCGCGGCUCUUCGCCGCCGUCCCCUUCUCCCACGUCCUCCAUCUCGCCGCGCAGGCCGGCGUCCGCUACGCCGCGCAAAACCCCCAAUCUUACAUCGCCUCCAACGUCGCCGGACUCGUCUCCGUCUUCGAGGCAGCCGCCAAGCGCGCCGAUCCCCCUCCCGCCGUCGUCUGGGCCUCUUCGUCCUCCGUCUACGGCCUCAACACCGACGCCCCCUUCUCCGAGCUCCACCGCACCGACCGCCCUGCCUCGCUCUACGCCGCCACCAAGAAGGCCGGCGAGGCGAUCGCCCACACCUACAACCACAUCUACGGCCUCUCCAUCACCGGCCUCCGUUUUUUCACCGUGUACGGACCCUGGGGCCGCCCCGAUAUGGCCUACUUCUCCUUCACCCGCAGAAUCCUCGCCGGCAAGCCCAUCACGCUCUUCCGCAUGCCCGACGGCGCCGCCGUGCUCCGCGACUUCACCUACAUCGACGACGUCGUCAGGGGCUGCCUCGGUGCGCUCGACACCGCCGAGAAGAGCACCGGAGCGGCAGGCGGCGCCGGCAAGAAGAAAGCCCCCGCGCAGCUGAGGGUCUACAACCUCGGCAACACCUCGCCGGUGCCGGUGACGAAGAUGGUUAGCCUGCUGGAGGAUCUGUUGGGCAGGAAGGCCAAGAAGAACGUGGUGACGCUGCCGCAGAACGGCGACGUGCCCUUCACCCACGCCAACGUGAGCUUGGCGGAGCGGGACUUCGGCUACCGGCCGACCACCGACCUCGCCACCGGCCUGGGCAAGUUCGUCCAGUGGUACGUCAAGUACUACGGCGUGCACAGUGCGGCGACGGCGACGGCGAGGACGGAGGAGGAAUUGACAGCCUCCGCGUAAUUAGAAUAUGCGGUCAUCGUGUUAUAGAAAAUGGCAGUUAAUUUUCAGCUAAUAACUGAUAAUUGUGCGAAACAAUAACGAUGGAAAGCAACCGGAGAAGCAAGGAAGAAAGUAAAUCGAAGAACAGAGCAUCCUUUCCUUUCUUUUCUUUUCUUUUUUUUUUUCUGUUUUUCUUUUUCUUUUUCUUUUUCUUUUUAUUUUGAUGCCAGAGAAGGAUAUUGGAUACUGCUGUAGGAUGUACAUCCGUACAGUUCUAUUAUAUAUUUUUUUCACA